AUGCGUGCGGCGACGGGUUUCCUGGCGCUUCUCGGCACAGCCCAGGCAGUCCAUCAAUUCAGGCCUCGCUCGGUCAACGACGCCGGUCCCAGCGAUGUGACGCCGAGGAGAUACAUCGUCGAGUUGAAAUCGCGACUCCACGGUUCCCGCGUGGCUUCCAAAGCUGCGUCCGGGUUUCCUGGACUUCGAGUUGUGAAGCAAUUCGACUCGGACAUAUUUCCGGGCUUGGCGGUCGAAUGCGAUAGCGAAUGCACGGUUGACUCUAUCAGAGCAUCCUUGGACAACUUCGCCGAUGAGACAGUUGUCGCUUCUGUUUACAAAUCUCAGGUCUUGCAACUGCUGCCGACAGUCGAGGGCGAGUCCUUCAGCGACGACGCUGCCGCGCAGAACUACUCGGUUCAUGGGCUCACCGGAGUCGAAAAGUUGCACGAAGACGGCAUUCUCGGAGAAGGCGCUAUUGUUGCUAUUGUCGACAGCGGUGUUCAGUACACUCAUCCAGCGCUUGGCGGGGGCAUCGGCGACAACUUCACGGUCGCCGGAGGAUAUGAUCUGGUCGGCGAUGCGUGGCCCGACGCGCCUGCUCAGCCGGACAACGAUCCCAUGGACAGGGUUGGACACGGAACCCAUGUGGCCGGCAUCAUUGCCGGAAAUAGUGAACAGUUUGUUGGUGUCGCUCCUAAGGCCAAGCUUCUCUCUUUCAAGGUCUUCGGCACCACCGGGUAUUCAAACGAAGAGACUGUGAUCGAGGGCUUUCUCAAAGCCUUCGACUCCGGGGCGGAUAUCAUCAGCGCCAGUGUGGGAGAGGGCAGCGGCUUCACCAACAACGCUCUCGCCGUCGUCGCAUCCAGGAUUGUUGACAAUGGCGUCGUGGUCGUCUUUGCCGCCGGCAACUCCGGACAAGACGGCCCCUUCAUCAUGGCAAACGGCGCUUCGGGAGAGCAUGUCUUGACUGUUGCGUCCAGCGACCCCGGUGUCUUCCCGGCCCAGGCAUUCUCUGCCGACUUCAACCUCGAUGGUCAGUUGAACAAGACUCAGGUCGCCUACGUCCCCGGAUCAGGAUUCUUCCCGGCCACAAUUGCCAACUGGCCUAUCAAGCCCGUCACCCUGAACGCAUCAGUUGAGAAUGAUGCCUGCGAAGCGCUUCCGGGAGACACUCCUCCGCUCAACGAGACUGUAGUCCUCGUGAGACUCGGUGGUUGUACCACCACAACCAAGCACGACAACGUUGCCGCUUUCGGGGCACAAUACAUCCUGUUCUACAACAACGAUGGCCCGUAUCAGAGCCCAGUCAGCUCCAACAAGAACGGUCUUACUGGGGCCAUCGAAGCAAAUGCCGGAGAAGCGAUCAUCUCCACGAUUAUUGCCGGCGGCAACGUCACCGCGUCUUUCGAUGUCGACACCGCUCACUAUGUGGGAAUCCAAAAUGCCGGUGGCGGACGUCCUGCCCUGUACUCAUCUUGGGGUAGCACAUAUGACCUUGCCCUCAAGCCAGAUGUGUCGGGUCCUGGAACCAAGAUUCUCAGCACAUACCCGACCAACGAGUACCGCGUCCUCAGUGGCACGAGUAUGGCCACUCCUUAUCUUUCUGGCAUUGCUGCGCUCUGGGUGAGCAAGUUCGGCGGGCGGUCGGCGCACAAAGAUGAUCCCGAGUGGGCAAAACGACUCAUUGCCCGUAUCACAUCGACUGCUCGUGCUGUGCCGUGGGCAGACUGGGCGACCAGCGCCACCGACUACGGAUUCUGGGCGCCCACGACACAGGUCGGCGGAGGCUUCGUUGAUGCGGAAAGGGUAUUGAGCUACACCACCGAGCUGGGUUUCGACGGCCGGAAGUUCGAGUUGAAUGAUACCGCGCACUUUACCGGCAAACACUCUGUCGAGAUUACAAACCGUGGUACUGAGUCUGUCACGUACAGUUUCUCGCUGCAAGACGCCGGAGGAUACGAGCCGUAUGAGCCUUCGGUUGCUGGACAACAGCAAUCCUUCGUUCCGGGCUUCCAUCUCUACGCCGAGAUCAACCCCGUGAAGAUGACGCCUGAGGUUGUGCUGCCUGCCGAAAUUGCAGUUGGACCGGGCGAAACACACGCUGUUGAAUUCACAUUCCAGGCUCCGCAAGACGUUAACGCCACGAGAUUGCCAGUGUACAGUGGUAAGAUCCUCGUAAGCGGCAGCAAUGGCGAAGAGCUAGGCGUGCCCUACUUUGGUGUUGCAAGUGAUUUGAACAAGACGAUUGAAAACAUCUGGGACUACGGUUGGAACGUGCCGUACAUCGUCUCCGGGAUAUUCGAUGUCAAACUUGACCAGAAGUCGAACUUCACAUUCAAUCUGACCAGCGGUGCUCAAGACUUUCCCAGGCUCAACACCAAGUUUGCUUGGGGCACACAAGAAGUGCGGUGGGAUAUCUUCCACGCCAACUACACGGAAUCCGAGUGGUCCUACCCUCCCCGUGUUGGCGAGAAGGGUUACGUAGGCUCAGCCACCAGCUGGAACGGCACUGACACUUCGGCUCGGUUUGUCCAAGGAGAAGACAGCGAGGACGACAUCUUCUCGUUCCCGGUAUAUACCCAGCCGCGGGACAGAUACCGUACGUUCUUCUGGCUCGGGAGAUUCGCCAACGGAUCUUAUGUACAGCCUGGAUCAUACAAAUUCCGUAUUGCUGCACUCAGGCCCUUUGGUAACCCGCAGGUUUCGGCCGACUGGGACAUUUGGAAGACGCCAGCGAUAACUGUGCUGCCCGGGAACACUUUUGGGGAUCUGUAG